AUGGAGGCAGAAUCAAGUUUUUCAGUAAUGACACCACUCGUUUUUAUUGGUGAUAACUAUCAGAUUUGGGCGGUAAGGAUGGAAACUUAUCUAGAUGCCAUGGAUAUGUGGGAGGCAGUCGAAGAGGAUUAUGAAGUUUCCCCGUUGCCUAACAAUCCUACAAUGGCCCAGAUCAAGAACCAUAAAGAUAAGAAAACCAGAAAAUCAAAGGCAGAGGCUUGUUUAUUUUCAGCAGUAACUUCUUCCAUUUUCACUCGAAUUAUGUCUCUAAAGUCAGCCAAUGACAUCUGGAUUAUCUCAAGGCAGAAUAUGCAGGGCAUGAAAGAAUCAGAGAAGAUGAAAGAAACUGAAACCAUCAAAGACUACUCUGAAAGGCUCUUGAACACAGCAAACAGGGUAAGAUUGCUUGGUUCCUUGUUCAAUAAUUCAUGUAUUGUAGAAAAAAUUCUGGUUACUGUGCCGGAAAGAUUUGAAGCAACUAUAACUACUUUGGAAAAUACUAAGGAUCUGUCCAAGAUCACCUUCGCAGAGUUGUUGAAUGCUUUGCAGGCUCAAGAACAACGAAGGGUUAUGAGAGAAGAAGGAAAUACUGAGGGAGCAUUAUUUGCCAAGACUCAAGAUGGAGGCAAAAACAGAGAGAAGAAGAACAAAAAGAAUGGUGAAGGCAUUCCAACGAGUACUACCAAAGGAAAAGUUGGAAACUCAAAGAAAAGUUAUCCUCCUUGUAAGCAUUGUAACAAGGAAUUCCAUCCACCAUACAAAUGUUGGAGAAGGCCUGAUGCUAAAUGUAGUAAAUGCCAGCAAUUUGGGCAUGAAGCUGUCAUUUGUAAGAACAAUGGUCGGCAACAGAAGCAGAGGCUCAGAUUGUUAAUGGAGAGAAAGAAGAUCAACUCUUUGUUGCUACAUGUUUUUCAAGAAGAUCAUAAAGCGAGUGUUGGUUGA